GUAAUCAUCCGGUCGCCUCCGCUUACGUGAAUUAAUUCUAUAUAUGGAUAUAGCCGCCCAGCAUCAGCAGCUAUUUACCCACGACUCAACAAGCAUACAGUUCUCAUUAUAGCAUACUUUGACCGUCGUCACAGGUAUUGUAGUGACUUCCACACUGUUGAUCGAGAGAUGUUGACAAAUGCAAACCACUGCGGCGAUCGAGAGAUAUCAGCAUCAAAUGACAUCUGCUGUGAAAUUCCAGACAAAUUGACAUCACAUGACAGUUUUUAUAGCAAAGAUGAUGGGCAGUUCUGGUGCGACACCUGCGGGCGUGGUCUGCAAGACCUGAUUAGCUUGAGACAGCAUGUUGCACAGCACAUUGUUGAUUCCAUCAGAGACAAAAAUGAAACCUAUGCCAGCCAAUCGUUACAUGCAGUCCUUUUGAGUAACCAGGAACCUGUUACAGAUGGAAAUGUGAGGACAGAAUUAGAAGACUCUACUCUAGGGGCUCCCGAUUGUGCAGAGACUGCUGGUGGUCUGUACACAUGCUCAGUAUGCAGGGCAGAGUUCUCAGAGGUGCAGGGGUUCAGGAGACACCAAAGUGUACACAAUGCAACAGGCAUUACAUCUCCAAGUCAAAAUAGGCUUCAGUACAAUGAGGGGUUCAUUUCGUCAAGUACUAAUCAUGCAAGGAUUUGCAGUAAAGAGCGACCACAUAUUUGCAACGUAUGUGGAAAGGGCUUUUUUACCAUAAAGACACUCAAGCAGCACAUGAGUUUUCACACGGGAGAGCGGCCCUUCAGUUGCAGCGUUUGUGGAAAGGGCUUUGUCACCAAAGGCCAACUCAAGUUGCACAUGAGGAGUCACACAGGAGAGCGGCCCUACAGUUGCAGCGUUUGUGGAAAGGGCUUUUAUGCCAAAAACACACUCAAGCAGCACAUGAGUAUUCACACGGGAGAGCGGCCCUUCAGUUGCAGCGUUUGUGGAAAGGGCUUUGUCACCAAAGGCCAACUCAAGUUGCACAUGAGGAUUCAUACAGGAGACGGGCAACACAGUUGCAGUGUUCGUGCAUAUCAGUGCAGCGUAUGUGGAAAAGACUUUGAUAAAGCCUACAAGCUCAAAAGGCAUAUGAAUAUUCACACGGGAGAGUGGCCUCACAGUUGCAGUGUUUGCGGAAAGGGUUUUCUCUGCAAAUCAUACCUCACUAAUCAUAAGAGGAUUCACACAGGAGAGUUGCCUUACAGUUGCAGUGUUUGCGGAAAGGAGUUUUCCUGCAAAUCAUACCUCACUAAGCAUAUGAGGAUUCACACAGGAGAGUUGCCUUACAGUUGCAGUGUUUGCGGAAAGGACUUUUUCUGCAAAUCAUACCUCACUAAUCAUAUGAGGAUUCACACAGGAGAGUUGCCUUACAGUUGCAGUGUUUGCGGAAAGGACUUUUUCUUCAAAUCAUACCUCACUAAUCAUAUGAGGAUUCACACAGGAGAGCGGCCUCACAGUUGCAGUGUUUGUGGAAAGAGGUUUGUCUACAAAUCAAACCUCAGUCAGCAUAUGAGGAUUCACACAGGAGAGCGGCCUCACAGUUGCAGUGUUUGUGGAAAGAGGUUUGUCUGCAAAUCAUACCUCAGUCAUCAUAUGAGGAUUCACACAGGAGAGCGGCCUCACAGUUGCAGUGUUUGUGGAAAGAGGUUUGUCUGCAAAUCAUACCUCAGUCAGCAUAUGAGAAUUCACGCAGGAGAGGGGCCUCACUGUUGCAGUGUUUGCGGAAAGAGGUUUGUCUACAAAUCAUACCUCAGUCAGCAUAUGAGGAUUCACACAGGAGAGGGGCCUCCCAGUUGCAGUGUUUGUGGAAAGAGGUUUGUCUGCAAAUCAUACCUCAGUCAGCAUAUGAGAAUUCACGCAGGAGAGGGGCCUCACAGUUGCAGUGUUUGUGAAAAGAGGUUUGUCUACAAAUCAUACCUCAGUCAGCAUAUGAUGAUUCACACAGGAGUGGGGCCUCACAGUUGCAGUGUUUGUGGAAAGUGGUUUGUCUACAAAUCAUACCUCAGUCAGCAUAUGAGGAUUCACACAGGAAAGGGGCCUCACAGUUGCAGUGUUUGUGGAAAGAGGUUUGUCUUCAAAUCAUACCUCACUAAGCAUAUGAGUAUUCACACAAGAGAACGGCCUCACAGUUGCAGCGUGUGUGGAAAGGGCUUUGUCAGCAAAUGCAAACUCAAGCAUCACAUGCAAUGCCAUACCGACGAAAAACCUUACCAAUGUUCCCAGUGCGGAUUGAAGUACAGCCUAAAAGGACUUUUAUAUAGACAUUUACGCUAUAGCCACACUGAGGAAGGCAGAUAUGAGUGUCUUGUCUGCAAGAAAAAAUGUGAGAAUUCUGUAUCAUUAAUCGCUCAUAAAAUCUAUCAUCAUGGUGGAGAUAAUAACUAAUGCAUGCUGUGCACAGUUUAAAAUAAAUUUGUAAUCACUAA